CUAACCGAGAAAUUUCCUUGCCGCAAUAAUAGCUCCAUCUUGGAGCUGAAGCCUAGAGCAAGCUGAGCAAACACUUCCCUUCGUCAAGUAGUCAACAUGGCCCCUUCCACAGUCACCAAGGAGCUGCCCCUCGCGAUCCCUGCUCCAAAGUUGUGGGCAGCGAUUAUGGACGCUCAAUUGCUCGCCAAGGCCGUCAAGCCCGUGGUGACCAGCGUGGAGGUCGAGGGCAGCGACGGUGCGAUUGGAAGCAUUAGAACUGUGAACUUCAACGCUGAGAUCGUUGGAUUCCCCUACAUCAAGGAGAAGGUAACGAUUUUGGAUGAAUCGAGCAUGACCAUUGGCGCCUCUCUGAUCGAGGGAGGAUACCUCGGCUCGCAGCUCAAAUCUCACUCCGCCACCAUCACCGUCAAGCCCAAUGGCCAGGGGAGCGUUAUGGUGUGGGUGCUCACUUACGAGCCUUUGAUCGAGAACCCCAACAUUGACGGGAUCGUCGAGGCCUUUGUCAAAUCCUUCAAGGCGGUCGAGGCCUACCUCCAGUCCACGAACUAGAUUCGCACAGAUCUAGAUGUCUGUCUGGGGUUUUGUUUGAUCCACGGUCGAUCAAUCGAGUGUUAUGAAAGAAACUCUUCUUUCCCCUGAGA